UUUUCCCCACCACAACGCGUCCAAAAUAGAACUUUUAACAUUGUCGCACGAACCGGGAAAAAUUAACACGAAAUUUUCUGUAAAAAUUAGAACAGAGAAACCGCGCGUCGAAGGUCAAAGCUUAUAUUAAAUCAUCAGGCUAAUACCGAAUACCAGUUUAAAAAUUGUUUCAAGGUUCCCAUAUCCUUUUACGCGUCGGCAUCUAAUUUUACCUUUAAGUGUUCAAUGAUAGACUUAAAAAUGUUGCCGAUGAAAUGGCACGUCGUUGUCGCGCUAAUGAUCGGAGUUGUCGCCCUGAUUAUUUACGCGGGUGAAAAUGCCGCCAUCAGCAAUGGGAAGACGUUGAAAUUGGUUCACAUCAUUUUCAGGCACGGAAUACGCACACCCGCCGAUACUUAUCCGAACGAUCCAUACAUCAACGAUGACCUGUAUCCGGUCGGGUGGGGGCAGAUUACUAAUGAAGGAAAACAGCAACUCUAUGAGCACGGGAAGUACCUCAGGAAUCGGUAUGGCGCCUUCCUAGGUGACCAUUACACACCAAGCGAGUACUACGUCCAAACCACUGACGUCGACCGCACCAAAGUUUCGGCUCAAUGCAUAAACGCGGGACUCUGGCCUCCCAAUGCAGCUCAAAAGUGGGGAGCACUGGACUGGCAACCCAUACCGAGCUACUCGGAACCGUUAAACCAGGAUGAUCUUCUGCUAGUGAGACGCCCAUGUCCAAAGUACCACAAAGAGUUGCAGCGUGUAAUUAAUACAACCGAAAUAUCGAACAGGCUGAGGGCGUCCCAAACUCUCUUCGCAGAUCUCACCAAGCACACGGGAAAGCGAGUAAAAGACUUCGAAGAUGUUCAGGACAUAUUCACCACGUUAAUGUCGGAGGAGGCUUUCGGUUUGAAACUGCCCCCGUGGACGGCGGAAUUUUACCCAAAACGAAUGCUGAACGCGACCGUCUUCAGUUACGUGCUCAACGCUUACAACAACAACCUGAACCGUCUCAAAGGCGGAGUCCUGGUGAAGAAGCUAAUCGCGGACUGGACCGCCGCCACUUCCGGCGGUAAACGGAAGGCCUCUCUUUUCAUCGGGCACGACUCGACCAUCGUCAACCUGCUCAGCGCGUUGCAAAUCUGGGAGCCGCAACUGCCGGGGUUCGCCAUUAACGUGCUCUUCGAACUUUCCCAUAACGGAACGCGCGACGAGUACGGGGUCGAGAUAUUUUUGCGCAACUCCACCAACGUUUGGGACGAGCCCCAUCGUCUGACGAUCCCCGGUUGCGAAACAUUCUGCCCGCUACCGAAGCUGAUCGAGCUGACCAAGGAGGUCGUCCCCGACGACUGGGACGAAGAGUGCAAGAUCGCCGAUGCGGGCUACAUUCCGCCGACUCUCCGCGGACCUUAAGAUUUUUUAUACAUUAACAAUAAUUACUACCUACUAAUAAAUUUGUUCAUACAA